GUUCCAUGAAACCCGCUCAUCACGACAUGUCUGUUGCGAGACCGCAAAUUCCGCACCAGGAGUGAGAUACCCAUUACAACGUUCGUCGCGUGAGGUUGGCCCUCGGAAACGGAACGCGCCUUCCAGGCUCGCGCGCCGGGCCAAUCACAGCCCACCCAUCGCCAAUCACCGCGUGGAGCCGUGUGUCUGUUCCGCGCCGCGCGUGCAAUUCCGCGCCCACACCUUCCCCGCAAUACCCGCGAUGCAGCUGGAGUCGCUUGCAGUGCGGAGGAGCGCGGCGGCGGCGCCGUUUGGUGCAGAAGACGGGGUUUGCAAUUGGACGCGGUUCCGGCGGCCAUGGGGCUAUAAGGAAUGGUGUCGCCCGGUGGAAUACCUUACUUCCACGACACUGGACAAAGCUGGACGGUCUUGAGCGCAGGUAUCCAAGAUGAUCUCGACUAUCGCUCCGCUCGUGGCUGAGCAGUUCGCCGACCACCCCGUGCGCUCGAUCGCGGUGCUCCUUGUUCUCACGCCCAUCGCGUAUCUGGUUGCGAACGAGUAUGUGCGCUACACGCGCCGCCUGAAGGGCUUCCAGGGCCCGCGCAACUGGCCGCUCGUCGGCAAUAUCCCGGAUAUCAAGUACAACGCGGCGGACAAGUACCGCGAGUGGUCGAAGCAGUACGGCGCGGUGUACCAGAUCCAGCUGGGCAACGAGCCGGUGGUUGUGGUGAAUAGCGCGGAGGCGGCGCGGAAGAUCUUCGGCGGGAACAGCCAGGCGCUGAGCUCGAGGCCCGUAUUUUGGACGUUCCACAAGGUGCUGUCGAAUACGGCGGGGACUACGAUUGGGACGAGUCCGUUUAAUGAUAGUCUGAAGAGGAGGAGGAAGGGCGCGGCGUCGGCGCUGAACAAGCCUAGUAUUGCGACGUAUAUCGACCAUUUGGAUUUGGAGACUAAGGACUUCAUCAAGGAUGGGUUCGAGGCUGGCCGUGCUGGUACCGUUGGCGUGGACCCCAUGCCCAUGAUCGAGCGCCUCUCGCUGUCGCUCAGUCUGACGCUGAACUGGGGAACGCGCUUGGGCAGCCGCGACGACCCCAUGUUCCACGAGAUCACCGAGGUCGAGGCGGCCAUCAGCAAGUUCCGAUCCACGACGGGCAAUCUGCAGGACUACAUCCCCAUUCUCCGCCUGAACCCGUUCAGCGGCGGCACCAAGAUGGCCAAGGAGUACCGCUCCAGGCGCGACGAGUACCUGAACCGGCUGAACAAGGACCUCGACGACCGCAUGGAGAAGGGCACGCACAAGCCGUGCAUCCAGGCCAACAUCAUCCAGGACAAGGAGGCCGCGCUCAGCAAGGAGGAGCUCAUCUCGAUCAGCCUAACCAUGCUCUCGGGCGGCCUCGACACCAUCACGACGCUCGUGCAGUGGAGCGUCGCCCUGCUGGCGCAGCGCCCAGACAUCCAGAACACAGCCGUCGCGGAGAUCCGCAAACUGUACGCCGCCGACCAGCCGCUCGCCGACGCCUACGACGACCAGAAGUGCGCGUACAUUGUCGCGCUGGUCCGCGAGUGUCUGCGCUACUACACGGUGCUGCGUCUCGCGCUGCCGCGCGCCACCGUCAAGGACGUGCACUACGAGGGCAAGCUGAUCCCCGCGGGCAGCACCAUCUACCUGAACGCGUGGGCGUGCAACAUGGAUCCCGCCGUCUGGGCCGACCCCGAGACGUUCCGCCCGGAGCGCUGGCUCGAGCAGCCCGACGCGCCGCUGUUCACGUACGGGCUGGGGUACCGCAUGUGCGCGGGCUCGCUGCUGGCGAACCGCGAGCUGUACCUCGUGUUCCUGCGCAUGCUGAACAGCUUCGAGAUCGUCAAGGACUCGGAUGUCGAUGCGCAUCCGGUGAGGGGCAGCGCGGAUCCGACCAGUCUGGUGUGCAUGUGCAGACACUACCAGGUCAGGUUUGUGCCGCGCAAUGAGAAGGCGUUGCGGCUGGCGCUGCGGGAGGCGGACGAGCGGAUGGCGGAGAAGUAGCGGCGGAGAAGUAGUGUGGAGGCGGUGAAGUAAAAGUAAAUGAGAUAUCCAGUGCCAAAGGAAUUGUUCAUGUUUAUGUUCAGUGCCCGAGUCUUGUUCAGUUUUG